UCAAGAACGACUGGUGGAAGAAAUUUUGUGCUGAGAUACUGUUGAGACGCUAGUCGUCUGAAGGCUGCGUGGGAUGCACUGCUUGGGACUAAACUCUGUCAGGAAUUAGUUAUCCGAACGAUUACUUCGGAUAUAGCAGAAUAUUUAUAGUCAUAUUUUAGCCUGACGUCCAAUGCAAUGAACAAAUUCAUUAUUAUUUUCGUUGAGUUGUGCAUGAUUUAUCAGGCUCUGGGUGAUUUGACUGAGGGCUCAGCGUCUUCUGAUCAUGACACCAACGAAGUUGGGCAUGAGGACGAGAUUUAUUACACCCCUCAGUUGGACUACAAACAUCCGCAGUGGUGCCAUGUACUUAAGCUGUCCAAUGGGCAAGUGUCCUGUUCUUCUCCUCGAGGCGGUCACCACCGGGGCUCACUUGGAACACGCUGCUCGCUUUCCUGUGAUCGAGGAUAUAAACGGCUGGGCCGAUCAUCUGUGCAGUGCAUGCCUAACCGCCGCUGGUCUGGAUCCGCUGUCUGUCGAAGGAUACGUUGCCAUGUGCUGCCUCUGAUUGACCACGGUAUGUACAGUUGCACCCGUGGUUUUGUAGUAGACUCCAGGUGUGACUACAACUGCUAUGAAGGCUAUCAGAUUGAGGGAGAUCACUACCGGAUGUGCCAAGAAGAGGGAACAUGGAGCGGCACAGAAGCGACGUGUGCAGAUCAUGACCCCCCCAAACUGAAAUGUCCUUUGUCCAGAGUGAAGGUAGCAGAACCAGCAAAAGUAACAGCCAUGGUUUCAUGGGAGCGUCCUGUUGCUACAGAUACCGCUGACAGAGCACUACAGGUCUUGCGAAAUGGACCGGAGUCUGGAUCCGACUUUCCUGAAGGAAUACAUGUAAUUCGAUAUACAGUCUCUGACCAGGCUCACAACACAGCCACAUGCAAAUUUACUGUGCAUGUUGAAGUGAGGCGAUGUCCAAAGCUAAAGCCACCUAUGCAUGGCUAUCUGAUGUGCUCAUCUGAUGGUAAUAAUUAUGGGGCUGUAUGUGAAUACCAUUGUGAUCCUGGCUUCGAAAGGACAGGUUUUGCAACUCGCAUUUGUCAGCUGAACCGCAACUGGUCCGAUGAAGCAGCUCAGUGUAUAUUCAUGGACAUAAAAACAGACGUCAGGUCUGCUGGUGCUCUGCUUGACCAGUUUUAUGAAAAGAGAAGGCUUCUUGUUGUGUCUACUCCAGAUAUCACUGACCAGAAGUACAGGCAUCAGAAUAUUAUGCUACAGAAAGCUGAGUGUGGUCUGGAUCUGCGACAUGUGACAGUGAUCGAGAUUUUAGGAACUCCACCUCGUGCGAUAGGCCGCAUCAAAAGACAACAACUAGAGCCUGAAGUCAUAGAGGGACUUAGACAGGCACUGCAUAUAUCUACAUCAUAUUUCACCAUGGUGCUGCUGGAUGAGUAUGGUGUGGAUCGGGAGCGCUUGGUUAACCCCACCACCUCUGAUGAGCUCUACUCGUACUUAGAGGAGUAUCUCCUCACAGAGGAGGAGCUAGAGAGACUGGCGAUGAACAGGGACUUCUGUGACUGACCUCGGUCUGAUCAACUCCAGAUCUGAUGUUGUGGGUGGGAGUUUUUUGUUUUUACAGUGACAGGCACCUAAAGA